UACUAGUUGAGGCAGAGGAAGCGGUAGGAAGCGGCAGUGUGAACUGUACACUUGAAUAUACGUAUUACCGUUGAUAUUCAACAAUAUAACUGGAGAGGAAUUGACUGGAACCCACCGGACACCUAAUUUACCGACGAGUGUGGUUAACAGUGACGAGACAGGAAGAUGGAUGAGCUGCAGGAUGUACAGCUGACUGAGAUCAAGCCGCUGCUGACCAACAAGAAUGCACGCAACUUUCAAGAUUUCGACUGCCAGGAGCAUGACAUUGAGACUCCCCAUGGCGUUCUCCAUGUGACAAUGAGAGGUGUUCCCAAGGGCAACAGACCCGUCAUCCUCACCUAUCACGACAUCGGCCUCAACCACAAGUCGUGCUUCAACACCCUGUUCAACUAUGAGGACAUGCAGGAGAUCACGCAGCACUUUGCAGUGGUCCAUGUGGAUGCGCCCGGCCAGCAAGAGGGUGCACCUCCCUUCCCCAGCGGUUAUCGCUACCCGACCAUGGACGAGUUGGCGGAAAUGCUGCCGUCUGUGAUGACUCAGCUCAAGGUCAACAGUGUGAUCGGCAUUGGCGUGGGAGCAGGAGCAUACAUCCUCACCCGCUUUGCACUGAACAACCCCACCCUGGUGGAGGGGCUGGUUCUGAUCAAUGUCGAUCCUUGUGCUGAAGGCUGGAUUGACUGGGCAGCUUCAAAGCUGUCUGGGUGGACCAGUAAUUUGGUGGAUAUCGUCAUGGCUCACCACUUCAGCACUGAUGAGCUGACAGAGAACCAGGAGCUGAUCCAGACCUACCGUCUCCACAUCGCCCAAGACAUCAACCAGGACAACCUGGCCCUCUUCUGUGGCUCUUACCAAUACCGUCGGGACCUGGAGAUCGAGAGGCCAAUUGUAGGUCUGAAUGAGGACACAGUCAACACACUAACGUGCCCUGCAUUGCUGGUGGUUGGUGACACAUCACCUGCUGUGGAGGCUGUGGUGGAGUGUAAUUCCAGGUUAAAUCCAACCAAGACAACACUGCUAAAGAUGGCUGAUUGUGGAGGCUUGCCCCAAGUUGUUCAGCCAGGGAAACUUGCUGAGGCCUUCAAGUACUUUGUUCAGGGAAUGGGCUACAUGCCGUCAGCAGGAAUGACUCGUCUGGCUCGCUCUCGCACCACCUCCUCUUCCAGCAUCACCUCCAUGGACAGCAGUCGCAGCCGCAACAACCUCAACAGCCUGCUGGAGGGCAGCGCCACGGGGGCCCUGGACAACCAGGCCGGACCCCAGACCAUGGAGGUCUCCUGCUAAACCCCACCCCACUCCCUGCAUACUCCCAUAGUAACUUAUGUAUCUCUGUCUCUCUCUCUCUCUCCCUCUCUCAACCCCCUCCCUCUCUCCCUCUCUCUCUCUAUCUCCCCCUCGCCCUCUCUCUGUCUUUCUCUCUUUCAUCCCACACCUAAGCAACUCCAUGCCAGGAGGAUCUGUAAUGAACUAUGUGAUUAGAAAAACGAUGUAAUAAAUAUAUUAACAGAUGCAUAUUAUUAAAAUAUUGAAUAUUGAAUACACUGUCAAAGUCACAUUCCUACCAGAAACCAUAACUACAUCCAGAUGUGUUGCAUACUCAAAUGGUCAAACCAUAUGAUUGUAUGAUCGACUCAACUGUCCCACCUCACCCCCCUUGUAUUUAUUUUUUUUCACAUCGUCUUUGUUUUUAAUGUCUUCACACACACUGUAGAAAUGUUUCAUGGCUUCAAAACAGCUUGUAGGCUUUUUUUUCCUUUGCACGGUACAUCACUUUUGCUGUUUUAACUCUUCCUUUGUGAACUCUAAACUUGUGUGCUGCAUUGAUUGUGAGUCGCCGUAUCUUUGUGUUUUAAUCUCAAACUUGCUGCAAUGUGGCGCGGAAUUAGUCACAAAGUACACAGAGGGAUCACUAAACCUACCGUAGCUGUAGAAAUAAAGGUGAAGUGAUGUGGAUGAUAGAUGGAACAACCGUUGCAGACUGUAGCACACUGUCAGUAACACUAAAUCAAAGCUGUGCAGAGAGUUGCUUUUGAACAUUGUAAGGAGAAGUCAUGUACCAGCGUGUCAACUCUGUCACUUCACAUUCACUUAUUUGGGAUAUUUUUUUGUAAUUGAACUCAUCUCCUUUUCUUCCUGCUCUGUGUUGAUGUUUUUGUUCAGUCGAAUAGAUUAUUCAGUGAUGUUUUAACAACCUUUAACAAGUGGGUUCUGAUGUGAAAAGUAUGAGUCCCUUCACUGAGGGGCCCAGUGGUGCUUCUCACUGUCUGCUGAUUCAGCUCAUUUAUAUUACUACUGAAUAAAGCUACAAC